AUGGCUUUCAACCUGAAUAACUCGGCACAACGCCGUAGCAAUCCCUUUACUCGAACCGGAUCUCCCUCUCCAUCAUCACCAACCCCUCUCAACCGAAGCAGACCAAAAUCUGCCCUGUUUUCUUCACCACCACCGCCGAGUGUGUCAACACCAUCGCCUCAUGGCCGGUCGCAGUCCAACAGCUCAUAUGGGACGUCGUUGGUCGCGACAGGAAACGCAGCCAGACACCAUAGAAACGAGUCGAGAAAUGGAACGCCCACUUCGAAUACGUUUGCACCUUCGUUUAUUAAGUUGGAGGAGAUGAGACGAGAACAUGACACGGUAAAGGGCAUCGAAGGGGAGAAUGACUUCUCUGGUAAACGCUAUGUGUGGGUUAGGGAUUCACAACAUGCAUUUAUAAAGGGAUGGGUUGUCGAAGAGCUGGGCAAUGGCCGCAUCCUGGUGCAAACAGAUGAUGGAACUCAACGGGAACUCGACGCCGAAAGUGUCGACAAAGUUAAUCCUGCCAAGUUCGAUAAGGCAAACGAUAUGGCCGAGUUGACCCAUUUGAACGAGGCUUCAGUCGUCCAUAACCUUAAAAUGAGGUAUCAAUCAGAUUUGAUUUAUACAUACUCGGGACUCUUCCUCGUUACGGUCAAUCCUUAUUGCCCAUUACCUAUUUAUACCAAUGAGUACAUCAACAUGUACAAAGGCAGAAGUCGGGAAGAUACCAAGCCACAUAUUUUCGCCAUGGCUGACGAAGCCUUCAGAAAUUUGGUGGAAGAGGGUCGAAAUCAGAGUAUCCUAGUAACAGGUGAAUCCGGCGCUGGCAAAACGGAAAAUACCAAGAAAGUCAUCCAGUACCUUGCGGCCGUGGCCCCAUCCGAGACUUCUGUUCGAAGCAAAUCGCAACACACCAAUCUCUCACAACAAAUUCUCCGAGCAAACCCUAUUCUAGAGGCAUUUGGAAACGCGCAAACGGUUCGAAAUCAUAACUCUUCGAGAUUCGGAAAGUUUAUCCGCAUUGAAUUCAACAGAAAUGGAGCUAUUGCCGGAGCAUUUAUUGAUUGGUAUCUCCUUGAAAAAUCACGAGUUGUUCAUAUCAACCCCCAUGAGCGGAACUACCACAUCUUUUAUCAGCUUCUGAAGGGCUCCAGCAAUCGCGUCAAGAGUGAUUUGCUUCUGAGCGGACUGGAUACCCAGAAUUUCGCGUAUACAAGAAACGGACACGAUACGAUUGUUGGCGUGUCCGAUAAAGCAGAAUGGGACUUGUUGAUGGAAGCGUUCGAUGUGAUGGGUUUCUCUGACGAUGAACAACUAUCGAUUCUUCGUACAGUUGCAGCAGUGUUGCAUUUGGGCAACAUCGAGGUCGUCAAGGAAAGCCGCGCGGCUGAUCAAGCACGAUUGGCGCCAGAGUCGAAACAAGUGGUAACAACUGUGUGCAAACUUCUCGGUGUGCCAGUAGAUCCUUUUAUUCGAGGACUGCUGCACCCGAAGGUCAAAGCCGGACGAGAGUGGGUUGAGAAGGUCCAAACCCCGGAACAAGUACGACUUAGUCUAGAUGCCUUGUCCAAGGGUAUUUAUGAACGAGGAUUUGGCGAUCUCGUCUCUCGAAUCAACCGCCAGCUUGACAGAACAGGCAUGGGACUUGAUGAUUCGCACUUUAUCGGUGUCCUCGAUAUUGCUGGCUUCGAAAUCUUCGAGGAGAAUAGCUUCGAACAGCUGUGCAUCAACUACACCAAUGAGAAACUUCAGCAAUUCUUCAAUCAUCACAUGUUUGUCCUUGAACAAGAGGAAUACGCACGCGAACAGAUUGAAUGGCAGUUUAUUGACUUUGGCCGAGACUUGCAGCCAACAAUUGAUCUUAUUGAGCUGCCAAAUCCAAUCGGUAUCUUUUCUUGUCUCGAUGAGGAUUGUGUUAUGCCAAAGGCUACGGAUAAGACUUUCACAGAGAAGCUGCAUUCACUUUGGGAUAAGAAAUCCACCAAAUAUCGACCUUCUCGCCUUGGACACGGCUUCAUCCUCACACAUUACGCUGCCGAAGUGGAAUAUUCCACCGAAGGCUGGCUGGAGAAGAACAAAGACCCACUGAAUGAUAAUAUCACACGUCUGCUUGCCUCUUCGUCCGACAAACACGUUGCUGGCCUAUUUUCCGACUGUGCUGCAGCAGAUGAGGAUAUUGGUGGCAGCCGAAGCCGAGUAAAGAAGGGACUGUUCCGCACUGUUGCCCAGAGACACAAGGAGCAGCUUCACAGUCUAAUGACUCAACUUCAUUCAACACAUCCUCACUUUGUGCGAUGUAUUCUACCCAACCACAAAAAACGGCCAAAGCAGUUCAAUAAUCUUCUCGUUCUCGAUCAGCUACGCUGCAACGGUGUUUUGGAAGGUAUCCGAAUUGCUCGAACAGGGUUUCCCAACAGACUUCCUUUCACGGAGUUUCGCCAGCGAUAUGAAGUGCUCUGCUCAAAUAUGCCUACAGGUUACCUUGAAGGCCAAGCUGCUGCGACAAUCAUGCUGGAGAAGCUUGGCCUCGACAAAACACUAUAUCGUGUCGGCCUUACAAAGGUGUUCUUCCGGGCAGGCGUUCUAGCAGAAUUGGAAGAGCAGCGCGAUGCCCUGAUCACGGAGAUCAUGGCCAGGUUUCAGUCCGUUGCCAGAGGCUUCAUCCAACGACGUGUCGCAUACAAGAGGCUUUUCCGAACUGAAGCCACGAGAAUUAUUCAGAGAAACUUCAACAUAUACCUGCGCCUAGUUGAAAACCCGUGGUGGCAACUCAUUGUGAAGAUGAAACCCUUGCUGGGAGCUACUCGUACUGCAACCGAAGUUAAAAAGCGAGAUGCCAUGAUCAAGCAACUCAACGAAAAGAUGCGACUUGACGAAAAAGUGCGGCAGAAGUUGGAAGAUGACCGUCGCAAUACUCAUACGGAGAUGGUUCGAAUCCAGCAGACACUGGAGAGCGAGCGUGCACUUGCAUUGGACAAAGAGGAGAUCUUUAAACGACUGCAAACCCGUGAGGCCGAGCUUGAGGAGAAGCUUUCUGGUGCCAUUGAUGACCAAGAGAGACUCGAGGACCAACUUGAUGAACUCAUGGAAGCCAAGAGUCGAGCAGAAGAGGACGUCGAAAAAUUCCGACAUCAACUCGAACAAGCUGCAGGGCUAAUUGCUAAGCUGGAGGAGGAAAAGAGCAAGUUGUCAGCAAAGUCUGUAGAACUGGAGAACGCGGUCAAGGAAAUCUCCCGGAAGCAGUCUGAGCGCAGCGAGCAAGAGGCCGCCCUUGCCGAUGAGAUUAAGGUCCUUCAAAGCCAAUUAAGUGUCAAAGAUCGCAAGGUACAAGAUUUGGAAGGCAAACUGCUUCAGCUGGACCAAGACACGGAAGUAAAGUUGCGUGCUGCUCAAAAAGAGGCGGAAGCCGCCAAAUUGCGAGAAUCCCGUCUUAGUCAAGAGAACAAGGAUGUAAAGCACCAGCUCUCCCAACUCUCCAAGACUUCAACUGAUUAUGAAGAUUUGGUUAGAAGCAAGGAGAGCGAGUUGGCUCUGCUCCGCAGCGACAAGAGGAAGUUUGAGACUGAGCGACGUACUCUGGAAGACCAGAAGAAGGCACUGACGGAGGAAAAGAACAGAAUCUCAAGCAGGUCUCACGAUGUUCAAGCCGAGUUGGAUGCAAUGAAGUCUAAGCACUCCCAACUCGAACGCGAGGCUGAGGAGGCCAAAACGCUGCUUGCUGCUAGGCUCUCAGAAGAUGCCCAAGCGGAUAAAAACAGGUCACUCCUAGAGGCUCAAAUCAAGGAUCUCAAAGAACAACUCUACACUACUCAAAUGGACCUAAGCCGAGAACGACAAUCGCGCGAUGAUGUUCUGCUUCUCGGAGAACACAAGUACCAAAGCCUCAAGGAUGAGUAUGACAGUUUGAAUGAAGCAAAGAUUGUCAUUGAAAAGGAACUUUAUGUUCAGCAGGACACUUUACGGAGAGCCAUGGAAGCACGCACCGCAGUUGAGAAAGAGCGAGACGAGGCACGGGAUGAAAUCCGUCGACUGCGGGUGGCCAAAACGCAGGCUGAAGAAGCCCGUGUGCAAGCUGAAAUCUCUGGCGAGCGUCAGGCUUCCAAGAUGGCUCAAGAAAGAGAGCUCAGCCUGCGGAAGGACUUGGAUGCUGCACAUGAUCGAUUGCGGUGGUUUGAGGAUGAGUGCGCCAAGCUCAACCACGAAAUCGAGGAUCUUAACAAACUGAUUGCAUCUUCGGGCGAGUUUGGACUGAAAAACGACCAAGCAAAGGAGCGGAUGGAACGAGAGCUCAACACUGUCAAGAGCCGACUGGCUGCUUCUGAAAAUGACAAUAGGGCGCUUCUCAAUAAGCUCCAGCAAAAGGGGCUCGAGAUCGCCAGGUCCACCUCCCGUGCCAAUGAAGCCUCUCGCGGUCAUAUCAUCAGUCUGCAAAAGGAGAAGUCCAGGCUAGAAGAACAAAACGCUAAUUUGAACAAGCAGCUUGGCGAUGCCCAGGUGACAAUCGCAACUUUGGAGAAGAAGACGGAGAAGCUUCAACUCAAUCUCGAAGAUCUCAACCACGAGGUUGCGCGGGAAGUCCAGUCCAGCAGAAAUGCAGAGAAAGCUUCGUCUAACUUUACGGUUCAGCUUGCAGAGGCCAACAGAACCAUCGAUUCUGAACGUCAGCUGCGCACACAGUCACAAGCAACUGUUCGUACGCUACAGGCUACUAUAGAUGCCAGAGACAAGGAGCUCCAAGAGCUACGCGGACAAAUGCUCAAUGCCCUGCGGUCUGUCGACCCGGAAAUCCGGAUUCCUCCUCCGUCAGAUGACAGCAAUCAAAAGGCCCUCCUCAAAAACUUUGAUCUGGCACGCAAGGUCGAGGAGCUUCAGCAGAAUCUCCGUGUUCAGUCAGCUGCUAGGACCAACGCAGAAAGCCAACUCGCAGAUCUUCGUGCGACACGACACGAGAGCCCCGGUCGACCCAAGUUGGAAGAGAUUCACCUUAACGAGGCACCCUUCAACGGUUCUCCUACGCAGCGACGAGCUGCUAAGAUCAACACCCGGCGCUUCUCAAAUACCUCGACACCCAGAAAGGCAAAUCAGGACAUCACCGAGCAACACGAUACAGCCCGCUCAGACAAGACAGUCGACACACUGGCGGUCAACAAUCGCAUGGACCUAAAGGCCGAGGUUGAAGAGCUUCAAAAUCAGCUUCAGAUUACUCAGAUGCAAAAUCGCCACCUCCAAAGCCAGAUUGAUCGAGGCACUCCUGGUCCCGAUUCCUACAAUGACCAGAGCCCCUCUCUGCGUCGGAUGCAGAAGCUGGAAAAGGUCAACAGUAGGUUGCACGAAAUGCUCGAUGAUUCGACAAAGAAGGUGUCUGCUCUCGAAAAGAACAUCCGCACAGGCGAGUUGUCGCUGCGCGAUGUACAGGCUAGAUCGCACGAAGAAAUUUUGGAUGUGUUUAACAGUCAAGAAGAGUCACGACGUGCGCUUUUGCACAGCCACAAGGACGCUGUUGCUGAACUGACAGACGUGAAAUCCCACUUUGACAAAAUGCGUCACGAGAGAGCGAAACUCGAGGUUGAGCUGCGGGACACAAAGUCUGACCUGCAGGAGAUGGCAAUGGCUCGCGAACAGGAAGCACAGAGCCGCAGCCAGCUUCUGCAAGAGUACACCGAACUGCAGAUACGGCUUGACGCCGAGACUUCCAAGCUGGCUGACGUGUCGGGAAGCCUUGAGGUGUACAAGAGCCGGGCAGAUGAGUACUUUGGCAAGCUUGAACAGGCAGAAAUCGCCGUGCUCAAGGCCAGCCGAGCUGAACAAUUCGCCAAGUCACAGGCAAAGGAAUCAGAAGACACAUACAGUGAGGUGAUGGCAGAGCGCCAAAAGAUGGAUGCCACGAUUGAAGACCUCCAGCGUCAGAAUCAGCGCCUCGAAGAGCGUAUUGAGGACAUUUCUACCGAUCUCGAGUCCGUCACACAAGCCAAGAAGAGGCUUCAGCACGAGCUGGAGGACUACCGCAGCCAGCGCGCCAUGGACAUUGAGGACAAAGAGUCGAGCAUGGAGCAGACACGAAAGAAGUAUCAGGCCGAGUUUACCACCCUGACCAAGGAACUAGAUCUCGCUCGCGAGGAGAAGCUGUACAAGCAGGCUGAGAUUGCGCGACUUCGCGAAGAGCUGGACGAACUACGUUCAAAGUGGGAUGAUGAAGUCCUCAACAGCUCUACUUGGUCCAAAGAGAAGUCUCGUCUCGAGGCCACGCUUGCCGAUGUUGCUUCGUCUCGUGAUGAAGCCGUCAGUGCCCACAACGAAGCCCAGGGCAAGGUUGUAUCACUCCUAUCUCAAGUUCGAACGUUGCGAUCCUCGGUGGACGAGGUUACCUCUGAGCGCGAUCUCUUGCUACGCGAGAAGCGAAGUGUGGAAGCUCGGCUUGAAGAGGCCAAGGCCGGCCUAGAGGAGCUUGUGAAGGGUGAAAGCCCAUCUCUGCGUGAUGCUGCGAUAUUGGACAAGGAAGUCCUGGACUUGAAGUCUAGCCUUGCUCACCAGGAGGAUGUCGCUGCGGCGGCGGUCGAGAAAAUGAGGCGCGCAGAGGCCCUCGUUUCUGAUGUGCAAAAAGAGAUUGCGGCCGAGCGCGAAGCCAGCACCGAGUUGCAAAAGCAGAAGGCUGUCCUCGAAAAGAGUUUGAAUGAAGCCCAGUUGAAACUGAUUGACUUGGAGACAAAGGGCUUUUCUAGUGCCAGCCAAGACAUUAAGUUUUUGCAUAAACGAAUUCAAGAGCUCGAAUCUCAACUGGAGGACCAUGAGACAGAGCGGUCCAAGUCUCAGCGGUCGAACCGAAAUAUUGACCGCACUGUCAAGGACCUUCAGUCGCAAAUCGACCGUAAGGAGAAGCAGAAUACGCAGCUCUCGGAGGACGUGAACCGGAUGCGCGACAAGGUGGACAAGCUUCUAAAGACGAUUGACGAACUCCAAGCGUCCGAGUCGACAACGCAGCUUUCGGCUAGACGAGCGGAGCGAGAACUCCGAGAAGAAAAGGAGAAGGCUCUGCGUUUGGAGAAGGAACUCGAAGGGUGGAAAGGACUACGGUCAGAAAAGGCGUCUGCUGUUGGGAGCCUCCGCGGUCGUCUCGAUGGACCCGAUGUGCCCAACAGAUCGAGUAGCAUUAACAGAGCGCCUAGUCUUACGAAAGGAUUUAUUUGA